CAGAAGUUUGAGAACGUGUAUAUAUAUAUAUAUUUUGAAGUUGACAGACACGCAGACAGCAGAGUCAACACGAACUGUCCUGGGUUAAGGUCUUUUUGUUAGCGUAUUUUAACCGGCGUCUGACUGGGCUCGAUUGGGAAUGGAAUGGAUCUGCCAGAAGAGAUCCUUGCACAUAUUUUUUCUUUCCUGCAUUUGCAGGACAAAUGCAAUGCAUUUACUGUUUGUAAGGCUUGGUCUUAUAUCAUGACACAUCCAAGCUCAUGGAAAGAUACUGAAGUCAGGUGUGAGUCAGGAACCAAUGUCCCUGACGGAUAUUCUGCUUUUCUGCCACUGGUCAGAAAUUUGAAACUAACAAUGGGUUUGAUCGAUCCAGCCAAUCGCAAAACAGCACUGUGGGUGCUGAGGCAGGCAGUUGCCAGGGGUGAUGGGCGGCUGGAAGGACUUUCCAUCUGUUGUGUGGGGAACACGCCCCUCUUUUAUGCUGGACAGGACCUACAGCAAGGCUUAGUGGACAUACUCACGAAUGGGUCGUCCCUAACCAUGCUUGACCUAAAGGGAGUACCCUUCACCCUCAGCGACUCCUUCGUCAGGAGCGUUGCCAUGCUUUGCCCUGCUCUUCUAAGUCUUUACAUCAAUAAUCAUUCUCUGGUGUGUGGCGUCAACGCAGAGACACUAAGGCAAGUGCUGAAGUGCUGCCGGUCACUCAAUGUUCUUGGAGUUUUUCAAGCUAGUCUAUCACAAGACGUCUUUAAAGAUCUCAUGUUGCCAGAACGACCAGCACUAAAGAAACUAGAGCUCCGUUGCGAGCGCUCAGUCAAAUACACCCUGCCUUUCUGUGACCAGAUAUGGGUAGAGUUAAAACUGAGACACCCACGUCUCUGGGUGGAACUUGAGCUUGACCACACCCUGCCUGAAUUGCACUUCUCAGGGGUACUGCAGCCCAGCAUCCCUGUUCGAUGUCUUCGACUGCUUACGUUCACGUUGCUGUUGGAUGUGGUUCAGAUAGUCGGGCAGAGUUAUGCAAACACGCUAGAGGUUCUGGAGCUGCAGACGACAGCGUCUCCUGAACUAAACUAUGCGCUGAUAGCUUUAGCAAAGCAGUGUGUCAACCUCCAAGAGUUUCACUGUUAUUGUGUGGUCUCACAAGAAGUGAUAACAGCGCUCAUCACAAACUGUCCAAAUCUCAAAAGAUACACUCUCAAAACACAUAAAGAACCUCACCCCUGGACCUGUACAAAACUAAAGUAAUGCUCUCAAGCACUCUUUGCACAUAAUGCAAUUCAUGUGUACAUAUGUACUCUACUGGCUAGUGUAUGAUUUUUUUUUUUUUGGUAUCUAACAUAAGAGUCUGAUAGCCCCUCACCUCCAUUUGUUUUGUUUUUUUGGUUAAAUAAAUGCAUCAUUUUUCAGUGUGAACACACUACACACACUAUUUACAGUAAAAAUUAAUGUAAUAGUGUAAAAGUAAGCAAAUUGGGAUGCAUAGAGUCUCUUGUAAUGGUGGGUUCUGAAAAUCUUGAUCACAUUGGAUUUUUUUUUUUUUAAAUCUGGAAACAAAGUUUUAUGAUUUUGAAAGCAUUUCAAAUAAAGCAUUAUUUUUAUGUAUAA